AAACAGCAGUAGCAGUAGCGUCGAGGCGCGUGUCACGAAUGUACACCGAGUGACGUGGAACCGUUUAGGUUAUACCACCCGCUCGGUAGCGUUUUUUUAAAUCACAAAUUCACAACUCCAAGUAUUAUUAGUGUAUGAUUGACGCUAAACUUAUUUAUUACUUCGUAUAAAAGAAGCAACGUUGCUAAAAUGUUUGAAAUUACGGAUACGCAAAAAAUUGGCGUUGGUCUUGCUGGAUUUGGCAUCGCCUUUCUUUUCCUAGGAGUUCUCCUCAUUUUUGACAAAGGUCUUCUUGCUAUAGGCAAUCUACUGUUCAUCUCCGGUCUGGCAUGCGUAAUUGGACCCAGAAGAACACUAAGUUUCUUCUUCCAGAGGCACAAACUCAAGGCUAGUGCAGCAUUUUUAGGAGGAGUAAUCGUAGUUCUUAUGGGAUGGCCCAUAGUGGGUAUGAUCCUUGAAACAUACGGUUUUAUACUUCUGUUCAGUGGAUUCCUGCCUGUAGCGAUAAACUUUUUGCGACGAGUGCCAAUCUUAGGAACGAUGUUAAACAUGCCAGGAAUAAGUCGAAUAUUGGAUAUGUUGGCAGGAGACUCCAAUAGGACAACAAACUUCUAAACGGAAAUCCACCUUUGUGCCAAACUUCAAAGCAUUCCAGCAUGAUCUACUUUUUUAUUCUCCAUAAAAACAAGUUACCCAACAA